CGCUGGAGCGGCUGCAUUUGCUGCCGGAAAGUGUACUUCAGCCACCGUCACCACAGCAGCAACAGCAGCAGGAAGAACAAUCGGAGCACGAACUGAACGGCGAUGAGGGGGAGGGUGACAGUGAUGGGGAUGAAGAAGCUGGCCGGCGACGGCGACGACGUCCUGCACAAACCAGCGGAACUGAGCAGCGUACGAACGGAGGAAGUGGCGAAGUCGUACAGCAGACGACAAUAGUACUGGUAUCCGACACAUCAUCGAACGGCCAACCAACGAAGGGAAACCAACCACCACCGGAAGGCACCGGAAGCAACGUGAAACCAGACCCGCCGACAACGAUGAAUGUGACGCCAGUAGUGGAGGCCGGAACGUCCGCUUCGGGUACGCGUACGUCGUCGGCACUACUCCCCACCACCAACCGAGCCACGGGCCGUGGCACCAGUAAACAAUCGAUAUUGGCCAACGGGCGAGCGAAAGGCAACGUCGGUCGCCAUCACAAUCACUACCAUCAUCAUCAUCAUCAGCAGCAGCAGCAGCCUAACCACAACGGCAAGCAGCAGCAACACUACCACAUUCCGCUCGAUACGUACCAACCGCUACAGCCGCUGCAUCUGCCAAAUCUGCGGCUCGGCACGACCUGCUUCUAUCCAUCGGGACCACCGCCACCGCCACCACCACCACCGCCACCGCCUACACUACCACCACCAGCAACAGCCACAUUGACCGAAGUGGCAGAAACGACGACGGCGACGGCGACUUCGGCGGCGUCGGCAUCGAUGGCCCUCGUACGGCCAAAACCCCAAACGCUCUCGCUGGCCCUCCAGCCGCCGGUCCAGGGUUGCAAUGGAGCAUCCAGCUAUCUGAGCCAGCUAUCGGCGGCUUCACUCUCAACGACGUCUUCCCAGCACCAUUACCAUCACCAUCACCAUCAUCAUCACCAUCAUCACUUUCUGGCGCAGCAACCGAUGACGCGCAUCGCCACGAUCUCCUCGCCGAUGUCACCGACCUCCUGCUGCAGCCAGCGGCCACCCGAGCACGUGCAACAACCGACCACACCGGGCUCGGACGCCACGACGCCGACGCUGGUUAAAGUGAAGACCUGGUACACGGUCACCAAACAGGGGCUAUCGUACUGAGACCUGGCCCCCUAGAGAUCCACUCCGGUGCGUCAGCCGUAGCUGAAUCUGUGAAGAACAAAAAUCGAAAAAAAAGGCGUAACGUUAGAAGUGGUUGAACGCUCUUCUCAAAAAGCUUUAAUUUCAAAUUAAUAAUGGAACAAACUGGUCCCGGGUGUGCGCCGUUGUUGACCAAACCGACCUAGCGCGCUCGCAAUAACCACAGUAGGUGGCGCGUUAAUCAAAAUGUGAACAGCAACAGGUUAAAAGACGUACUAGAUUGAGCUGCGGAAAACCACUGAAAACAACCACUUAGUAGCCACGAAGAGGAACCUGUGCCAAGGAGCCAUAUCGAAGUCACUUGAUCAAAUCGUAUCAGUAAGCGAUUAUCGCUUGUGUGUGUGUAUGAGAGUGUGGUCCAAACUUAGCCCAUCGUUUCUUUACCUAACUACCCAUAUCCAGAUCGGUUAACUUCCACGUGACGAAGAGCAAGAAAUAAAGGAGCUGAACACGGACUGGCCAGCCAGCGAGCUCGAGAAAUUGGAAAAGAAACCCAUAUUCUAAAUGAAUCUGGAAACGACAGCUCGACGGUCGACGGCGGGGGGCUGUCGAACGCAGAAUGUUCCCACGUGUCCACUUAUGUGCCUUCCUGAUUUUGAUCCCCCAUCGGUGUAGAUUUAAACAUGCGAUUUGUUGUCCCUUGAAGGUGAAGGUCGGCAGUGAAGCGUAUAACGAAUCGGAAUCGCGAGAAAAGCAAGAGACGCGUGUCCGUGUGGCAGAGGCAGACUGUGGCAGACGUUCCUAUGGCAAUGACUAAGGGGCCAACAUGUUGAAGCGGGCCCUUCCAUGCAAAGCCAUCAAAAACCAUCAAAGCUACCUUUGUUACUUGUCCUGUUAACAGUAUGUCGGGGAGGAGUAUGUGUGUGGGUGUGUUUGUCAAGGCGCGUAGUACAACGAUGCGAGGAUUGUGAGCAAUGAGCUAAGGAAGCUGCCACCACACAUUGUUCCUGUGUUUUGCAUACGGUGGCGCGCAGUAGGGGAGCGAGCGCCCGUAUCGACGCAAUUGAAGCUAACAACAAUAAAUGUAUGUAUAUCAAAAGCUAACGUGAAUAACCGAACAGUACAGAUUUCAAACUACAAGCAUAUUCGUAAUUUCGAGGGACUCAAAACGAUCAAAUAAUUGAAGAAACAAAAGAAAACUAUACUAGCAAAUCUAUAGAUUGACCCAUGAUACAGAGGAGUAGUGUAGAACAAAAAAAAACCGCGAUAACCGUUAGUUUAGAAGGAGAACAACGACACGUGCUUUAAUCACGUAGUAGUGUAUCCCGGAUCUUCCGUUUCGCAACAUGUCUUCGUUCGAUUAGAGCAGCAGGAAAGGUAGCACUGUUAGGCAUUGUAGAUAACCAAUUUUGUUUCAUUUUCGGGAAUACUGGAAAUCCAGAUUCCAAGGAGUACCAACAGUCAAAUUGCUUUAAUUUCGAGUGUCGAAGGUUUGCUUCCUACUUUACUAACUCCUCUAAAACAAAUCAAACGAAAGAUUUCACUUCCGAAACUAUUGACAAGGACGAGAUGAAUAACGAAUAAAUACAAUAGACAGCAAGAAUUAUCAGAAUUUAACUAACAUUUCCCGGCCCACGAAGGCAUGCAAAGCAAAGUUUUGGAUUAAAACCGAUUGAUAGUUACCGUUAGUGUCUAGUGAAUGUUAUCAGUCACGUGGAACAGAGCUACAAAACGAAUGAAGUAACAGCUUAGGGUGAGACCGAGGCAGGGCAUUGAGCAGAGGCGCUUGAGAGUGGUUAAAUGAAUGUCACUAGUUUUCUUUGCCGAACAGAAGAACAAUACAUAAAUCUAAUAUCGUGUUACAGCAUAGAAAAAAAAACCCAACUACACAAUACUGACUGUGCGAGAAAAAGAAAUUGAUAAAAAAAAAAGUUCUACCUAGGUGUUGAUACUUGUUCGAAUGAUGUUUGUAAUGUGGUUAAAUCGAGCGAUCGCAGUUCACUAUUGGAAGUCGAACGUGAGAGAUAAUAGCAAACUAUACGAUAUACGUCGUCGUUUUGCAUACCUUUUUUGCUCUUGAUCGUGCGUAAACAAAAACCUUUAGGUACACUGAUAGGCUCCACGGAGAGCAUCACGUAACCAGGCAACGAUAUCAUAGUGGCUAAUUGUUGAUCUAGAUGUAUAAUUCGUACGAGUCUUAAGAAGAACGUGUUAGGUCGCGAUAGCAUUGAAAAGAGUAAUCUUAGAGCAAUCU